CUGCGGCAAGCUUAACUCAGAACGACCUGGCAUACUUUAAAAAUCAGCUAUACACAUCUAAAGAUAAAGUUGAACAGGACGCUAUACUUCUGUCCCACUUGGAGAUUAUGCCAGUUCAACGGAGGAGGGAACAAGUUGAUGAUGAAGACAAGAGACGGCAGAGAGACGUGACCAUCAAAUACUCCGUUCUGAAGGAAGAUAAAACAAGGGUUCCUGUCUGCCAGGCGUCUUUCAUGAGCAUUUUCUGUGUCAAGAAAGACAGAGUCCAGGGCAUUGCCAGGCACUGGCUACAAACUGGCAAGGCAUGCCCAGAAAAAAAGAGGAGGCUCAAGACCAAAUCCUGAAAUAACUGCCAAGAAGGAGGUCAUCAGAGGUCACAUUAAGUCCUUUGCCUGCAGAGCAAGCCAUUACGCCAGACGUGGUGCUCCAGGCAGAAAGUAUCUGCCUAGUGACCUAAGUGUUGCAAAAAUGCAUCGCCUUUUUUCGGAGCAGAAUCACCUUCAAGUGACUUACUCACUAUAUUGGAGCAUUUUCGUAUAUGAUUUCAACUUGGCCUUCGGACAUCCGGCAAAGGAUGUAUGUUCCAUGUGUGUUAAGUCCCGGAUGGCGAUGAAUGACCCUGGCUUAAAAGAAGAAGAGAAACGAGAGAAAAUCCUGCAAUACUCCCUCCACAGACGCCGUGCCCGUCAGUUCUACAAUAUCCUGAAUGAUGUGGGGGAUUCCUUCACUGUCUGCUUUGACGUCAUGGAGAACCUUGUCCUGCCGAAAUCUGCCAUAGUUCAGACGUACUACUCCAGGCAACUCUACUACUACGUCUUUGGAGUGGUGCGUCACCAUGGCAGAGGAGAAUCCCAAAGUAGGCAUGAUAUCCACCUGUACACAUGGCUUGAGUAUGAGAACGCGAAGGACAGCAACAUGAUUGCCUCAGCUCUCCAACACUAUUUCACAGCUGUAGCUGCAGACAACCUCCACCUGUGUCAGUGCCUGCGCCUGUUCUCCAACUCAUGCUAUGGCCAAAACAAGAACAUUAAUGUGCUGUCUAUGCUGUUUGGCCUCCGGUCACAGCUGUUCCCCCACCUCACCAUCAACUAUUUUUUUCCAGUACGAGGACACAGCUUCCUCCCAGCUGACAGGGUGUUCGGCAGGAUCGAACAAGACAUCAGAAAGCACACCACCAUUCUGCUGCCAGACGAAUACGCAUCCAUACUUCACAGGCAUGGCAAUAUCCAUCAAUAUGGGAGAGAUUGGCAGUGCUAUGAUUUCAAGAAGGAAGCCGCCGCCUUCACCACCCAGCAACGAUCCUUCAAAAUUAGUGACGCCAGGGUCAUUCAAAUAUGUGGGGAAAGGCUGGAUGUCAAGUCUUCUUUUGCUGGGGAUUUUACUCAGCAUUCCGUGCUGAAAAGAGGGAAGAGGUGGCCAGAGUUUGCACCGGCUCCUCUACCUGAUGUCAACUGUGUGAAGCUGGCAAAGAAGAGGGAUGUGCUGAAGCUGUUGUGUGAGUUGGGAGUGCCUGCAACUGUGCAGGAGUUGUACAAUGAUGUCUUGUCAAGUGCAGGUGACAGGGACAUUGCACAAGAUUUGGAGGAUGAGUAA